AUGUGAUUGACCUGACUGGGGAUGAUAAAGAUGACCUGCAGAGGGCCAUCGCCCUCAGCCUGGAGGAGUCCAGCCGGGCUUUCAGGGAGACGGGCAUCACCGAUGAGGAGCAGGCCAUCAGCAGAGUUUUGGAGGCCAGCAUUGCGGAGAACAAGGCGAGUCUGAAGCGAACCCACACCGAAGUGUGGAGCGAUUCCCCCAACCCGUACGACAGGAAGAGGGUGGACACCUGCUCCGUGGGGCUGAAGAAUGUCGGCAAUACCUGCUGGUUCAGUGCUGUCAUUCAGUCUCUGUUCAACCUGCUGGAGUUCCAGAGGCUGGUGCUCAACUACUCUCCCCCAGCACAAGUCCACGAUCUGCCCCGCACCCAAAAGGAGCACAGGAACCUGCCCUUCAUGCAGGAGCUGAGGAACCUCUUCUCCCUCAUGGUGGGUUCCAAGAGGAAAUAUGUGGAUCCGUCACGAGCUGUGGAAAUUCUCAAAGACGCCUUCAAGUCCAGUGAGGCGCAGCAGGUAUGUCUCAUUCUGCCAUAA